AAGAUAAUGAAAACUUUUAUAUGUGUGGAAGAUUCAUGUUAUCAAUCAGUUUAAUAGAUCAUCAUGAACUACAACGGUCUCUUUUUGUGUUCUCUGAUUGUGCUGUUGGUGUUUGAGGAAGUUAAAUGUCUACAAAAAAGAUGCAUUAAAUGUAGGUCGAGGGGAGAGCUGGGUACAUGUGGAGAUCCAUUCCCAUUUAACAUGACAGAGCCUGAUGCUGAAGUGGGAAUUCAUGUUGUAGCUUGCCCUUCCGGGUGGUGUGCCAAGGUCAUUGAAGGCACUACUGGAGCAUACAGAACCGAUGACUAUGGUGCAGCAACUGAGAGAAUGUGUCUUCAACGACCUCCAAGUGACUACGAAGAAAGAUGUGCAUACACCAUGUACAAUCAUAGAAAGGUCUACAUGUGUUUCUGUAGUGGAGAUCUUUGCAACUCUGCUUUUAGAAUCUCUACAUUUCCAAUAAGUAUUUUAAUGGCGACUGUAAUAACAGUUUACUAUUGCUUAUAAUAUAGUAAUGAAGGAAUUUAACAUGUGAUAACUUCAAAUGUACCUAAUUUUUAAGUCAUUAAGAUAAUAUGAUACUGGAUUUGUGUAUCUUUUUGAUUGUUUAUAGUUCUGUAGCACAGAAAUAAAUCUAGAUAGAACGGCGAUGUGGACGGGACACGCGUGCCCCAAUCUUGUUAAAUACACACGAUUCAUUGAAUGCUCCCUCAGGACGCGUCGAUUCUUGCUUGCGUCAGUCAAAGUGCGAGUGUCAGUCGAUCAGGAGGAGGUAUCUCCUUUUUCAAUAAUUUUAAUUCUGUUUUAAUAAAGUAAACUGAAACUUUCAUUACAAUAAACUCAAUUUUCGUUGCGUGCUAGACAAAAUACAUUUUGCGCUCAACGCCCUAUGUAGCGAGCAGCUGUAUAACAAAAUAAGUUUGACAUUAACUAUGUCAAACUUAUUGUACACGUAAAUUAGUGAUGUAGUAAAGAUGACUAGGUAUGGCUUUAUUGACUGAAUCUUGAAGAACAUUAUUUUGAAAUAAUAGAAAAAUUAUUAUUGUUUCACCACCAUAAUAAACAAUUACUUUUUGUGAAAUGACUCCACUAGUUUGUCAUAAUUUAUUAAUACAAAGAUCGAACACUUAGAAAAA